AUUAUUUCCGGUCACACUCUUCUCAAAUAAUUAGUUAUCGGUAAAAAAUUUGCACGGCAAUUUCAUAAUUGCUAUUUGGAACCGUCUGAAAAAUUGGAGAAAUCGUAAACAAAAAAAUUCAUUCGUCUCAAGCUUGGGAGAAGUAUAGCUUUUCUUUAAAAGAAAAUAUGCUCUUGUAAGCUAGAUGGAAGUCGUAAACAUGAAAUCAAUUAAUUAAGGGAUUUGAAAAGGAUGAUUAAACACGGAGCCGUAUUGUACGCUAUUUAUUAUUGAGAAUACCGAAAGUAAAAAAAAUCUUUAAUCUUGAACAAUCUAAAAAUAUUUGGCAAGCGUUUGUUAACAAAGGAUGUCUAAUAAUAUGGCAGACCUUAUGCAGCUGAAUAGUAUUGAAGUUAUUCAGAAAGACACACCAGACUCUCCAACGGAAUGCUCUGACGAUGGAAACUUAACAACUUUAGGACGAAUUGGCGGAUUGGGAGUGGGAGCUACUGGUGUCAUGGACUUAACUGAUUUGGGUCAGGAAUUGGAUCAAGAUGAGUUUGAUGGACCUCAUAUGCUAAAUGGUGAAAGACCGGCAAUCAUUGCACCGCCUGAAAGUGAAUGGUACCACGGACGCCUGGAUCGGUACUCAGCAGAAUUGCGAUUGCGAGGAAGCAGUAAAUUAGGAAGUUAUUUGGUCCGGGAAAGUGACCGAAAACCUGGUUCUUAUGUUUUAAGUUAUUAUGGGCGCACCGGAAUAAACCAUUUUCGGAUUACUGCUGUAUGUGGAGAUUUUUACAUCGGAGGCAGACAGUUCAUUUCUUUAAGCGAUCUCGUAGGCUAUUACACAUCGUGUAGUGAUUUACUAAAACGUGAAAGGUUGGUUAUACCAGUAGCACCGCCAGAACCAGUCAAUGACAAAAAGCGUGUCGUCGCUAUUUUACCUUACACAAAAAUGCCAGAGACCGAUGAACUGAGCUUUCAAAAAGGUGAUAUUUUUUUUGUACACAAUGACAUGGGCGAUGGAUGGUUAUGGGUUACCGCUCAUCGUACUGGAGAGCAGGGAAUGAUUUUCCGAGAACUUGUAGAUGAUUUGGAUGUUUCAAUUGAUCCAAAUACAGUGUUUCCCUGGUUUCAUCCAAAUUGUACAAAAAACGAAGCUGUGGACAUGUUGGUUAAAGCGGGCCCUGGAAGUUUUUUAGUUCGCCCAAGUGAUAAUUCUCCCGGCGAUUACUCACUUUUUUUUCAUAUCAACAACCAAAUACAAAGAUUUCGUAUCGAAAAAAAAGGUGUGCGAUAUUUAAUGGGUGGAAGAACUUUUGAAUGUUUGGAUGCAGUAAUAAACAGAUAUCGUAAGGAACAAAUUGUGGAAGGCCACUCAUUGAACCAUCCUGUUGUCAACGGUGUACAGCCUGAGUUUAAUGAACAGUAUGUGGUCGAAAAAGCCGCUGAAAAAAUCUAUGCUACACUACGUGAGUGCCGUGACCAAAUUGGCUUAAAGAAAAUAAAGGGAAUCAAACACCAUGGACAUUUAAAUAAGAAAUCCGAUAAAACUAUAAAAUGGAAACAACUUUACUUUGCUCUUAUCAAUGAUGGCUCUGAAACUCAACUUUGUUUUUAUGAUAAUCCUAAAAAAACAAAGCCAAAAGGUUUAAUUGACUUGUCCUGUGCAUAUCUUUAUCAGUGUCACGAUUCUCUAUGGGAGCGUCCUUUUUGCUUUCAAAUUGUAGAGAGAGCACUACCUUGCCUGGCCACCGUAACUUAUCUUUGCUCUCCUAGCCAGGAGAGUUACGUAGAAUGGAUAAAUGCACUGAAGGCACAAUGUGACUCACAACUAAGUCGUGCUCAAAAAAAAGUUUCCCGUCUUCGAGAGUUGCGUUGUCUUAAUUUGCACGUACUUGAAGCACAUCGUUUACCAUUCAAAUUAGUACCACAUCCGUAUUGCAGCAUUUCUCUUAAUCAGGUUAAAGUGGGAAAAACGCGUGUCAAAAUAGCUCCAGAGCCCGUUUGGGAGGAGGAAUUCAUACUAGACGAUGUUCCUCCCGAUGUUGUAUCCCUAACUAUAACAUUAAUAUCACGGGGAAAACGUGGCAAAGAUUCAGAGGUUGCCGAGCUAACAAUUGACUUAGCCAGUCUUAAGAAUGGCCAGGAGACUGAGGGCUGGUAUCAACUCACUGGAAUGACGCCAAUGGGUGAAUGGGGAUCCUUACGUUUACGAUUGCGUUACGUCGACGAUCUUAUAAUGCCUUGCGAAGAGUACAGUCCUCUCCAGCAACUGCUUCUUGAAUCUGAGCUUUAUGCAGUAAAAGCAUUAGCUGAGUUAUGUCACAAUGAUCGUGUACCACUGGCUACGGCAUUAUUGCGAGUUUUCCGACAUGAAAAACGAGAAACAGAGCUUAUUCGGACUCUGUGUCAAGCAGAGGUAUCGCGUGAAAAUGAAACUACAACGCUAUUUCGUGGGGCGUCUUUGGCUACAACAUUAAUGGAUCUGUAUAUGCGAGCCGAAUGCGCUGGAUUUUUACAGUCUGCAGUUAGCGAAACGGUGCAGCGAAUUUUAGAUAGUAAGCAGUCAGCCGAACUUAAUCCUACAAAAAUGGAUGUAAACGACGACGCUUGCACAAAUGCGGAAUUCCUUUUGCAAAUUCUUGAUCUUGUAACGCAGUCAAUAUUUACAUCACCGGAUGCUUGCCCUCGAAAUGUGCGCUAUAUUUGUAACUGCCUUCAAAAAGCUGUUAUUGCUAAAUGGCCAACAGAACGCUUGGUGCGCACCCGUGUUGUAUCUGGAUUUAUUUUUUUGCGCUUACUGUGUCCAGCAUUGCUUAACCCGCGCCAAUUUGGUUUAGUCGGUGAAAAUCCACCUAUGGCUGCCACCCGUUCAUUAAUUAUGGUAGCAAAGUGUCUACAAAAUCUAGCGAAUUUGAUAGAAUUUGGAGGAAAGGAACAAUAUAUGGAGGUUGUAAAUCCUUUCAUAUUAAAAAAUAAAGAGCGUAUGAUUGUUUUCUUGGAUCAGUUAUCAUUAGUUGCAGAUCCUAAUCCAUCGCUUGGAAUAUUUGUGGACCAGAGCUUAAGCCUUAAUUUACAAGAUACUGGACGUGAGCUGGCUACAUUACAUCAUAUCUGCGUUUCCCACUUACAAGAGCUACAGGAACUAUCAAAUAUACUUUCAAUCAAAAAACUCGUUACAGUCACAGACAUGUUGUCCAAACAUAAAAUAAAGUAUCGCGAGAUGAUCAGCUAAAAAUAAUGUAUUAGAAAAAAAAAAACUAUUGAAUGUCAUUAGUAUUAAAUGUACGAUUUUAUUUUCAAAACAAUAUUCAAACAAUUUGAGCAUGAAACAAUA